GUCAUAUUGGCGGGAAGUAGUAGGGGGUUUGUUAAAUACAGCACAAGCAGUAUUUUAAACAAAUAUCUGACUGCAGCUCAAGUCACUGUGUGAACUAAACUAAAGUUAAAAAACGGUUACAUGUAGCUAAAACUAAGAUGUCAACUUCAUCUGUGUCCAAGGGAUGCUUUGUUUUCAAGCCCAGUGCUAAGAAGAAAAAGACACUCAGUUUGGAGGAUAAUUUCAUCCAUGGCUGUGAAGGGGCUGACGAGAGUAAAACACGAUUCAAACUGUGUCAGGAUCUUUGGGAUCAAAUUAAAACGGACACAGAGCUUUUACAGGAUGAACUCAACACGAAAAUCCUGGACAGCUUGCUGGACUUCACGAGGAAGUGUUCUUCCACUCGCCAGCACAGUGACUGGGCAUCACAUAUGAGGGCCAGCGAGAUCCCCACAGCGGCUCUUGUUCUCGGUGUAAAUGUCCCGGACCAUGACAUGACCUUCCAGAGUUUGUCUGAACUGCUCCGGCAGUCGGUGACUCCUCAUGUGGCCUCAGUACAGGCCAAAGAGUGCGGAGCCUUGAAGCAUUUAAUAAAGAGGGUCCUGGAGAGGUUAAUGGGCACUGAUGUGACUGUGGAUGAUGAUGAGGAAGAGGAGACGGAGCAGACCAGUGCUCCGCUCCACAAGAGCGUGCACUGCUCCCUCAGUACACUCUGUGAUUGGUACACUAGGAAUACAAAGAAAUCCUACUCUCUUACGCCUGGAAAGAAGCGUAGCUCUCCGGUCAAAGAUAAUCUGCAGCAGCCUCCCAUUGUCAUUAUUUUCAAAGAUUUGGAGGCUUUCAAUGCAAGAGUUCUUCAGGACUUCAUACUCAUCUGCAGCCGGUACAUUGAACGUCUUCCGCUGAUGUUCAUCUUUGGUAUCGCCACGUCACCCAGCACCAUCCAACACAUGCUGCCCCACUCUGUGUCCUCCCUGCUGUGCAUAGAGCUCUUCCAGUCGCUCUCCUGUACUCAGCACCUGGCCACAGUCAUAGACAAGUUGAUCCUGACAACGCAUUUCCCUUUCAAGCUCAACGGCAAAGUGAUGCAGGUGUUGAUCAGCAUUUUCCUCUACCACGAUUUCUCAGUGAGAAACUUCAUCAAGGGUGUUCAGCUGGCCCUGCUGGAGCACUUUCACUCUCAGCCUCUCAGUGUGCUGUGCUGUAGGAAGAAGGAGGCUCUGCUUAAUGUGAUGCAGCUUGGUCACCAGGACCUAGAGAGGAUCAGACAGCUGCCGUCCUUCAAGAGGUAUGUAGAAAAGCAGGAACCUCAGGAACAGGAGCACCUGCUCACAGAUGACACUCAUUUGAAGGAGGUGUGCCGGAGGCUGAUAAAAGACCUUCGCGAAUACCACAAACACUAUUAUCCCACCCUGAGGUGUCUCCACGCUCUGACCUCAUCAUUACCUCGAUACCCGCUUGGGAAACAGAUCAGAGAGCUCCAUUUAAUCUGUCUGGAGAAGAACGUCUGGGAGAAUGAGGAAUACCAAUCAGCCAUGAAGCUUCUGAAGAUGCUGGCUAAAGAUGAGCUGAUCUCUUUGCUCAAGAAGUGUGCGGAGAUAUUGCAGCAUUCCAUGUCUAAGAAUAUGAAAAGUGCUCUUCUCCAGCUGGAAGCCAUGCUCGCCAAAUUCAAGCAGUUGGACACAGUAGUUGCUGAACCCCCCCCUCCUGCUGAAGAGAGUAUCACCUCCCCGAUGAAAAACCUUCAAAAGAAAACGGAUCUGUUCCAGCUGCAGAAGGCCCUGCUGGAGAUGAACGAGUCUCGGAGAUCCAAAAAACUGAGUCCAUUCGAGGUUCUGCGAAAUGAAACUCUCCAAUUUGUCGACAGCUUAGUGCAGAGCCACCUGUCUCCCCCAGAGUCUCAGACACUGUAUGAAGUUUGCUACUACUCUUCUUCAGCCACUAUGAGACGCCACCUGAAUGCAGCACCGCGCACCUCCAUUCAGGCUGCGCUCAACAGCCCCUUCUAUUAUCUCCAGAAUGACCGCCUAAAGUCUGAGGAUGGGUCCGUCUCUAACGCAGCUCCUGAUAUCUGCAUCGUGUACAAACUCCACCUGGAGUGCGGCAGGCUGAUAAACCUCUUCGACUGGCUGGAAGCCUUUGCGACUGUGGUGUCUGCUGCCGAGGGCAACGAUCCCGACUCUGACAGUUUUGGGAAAGUGGAUGAUGUCAAACACGCUCGUUUCAUUCGAGCUGUGUCAGAGCUUGAAUUUCUGGGCUUCAUAAAGUCCACUAAACAGAAGACCGACCAUGUGGCUCGAAUCACCUGGGGAGGCUGCUGACACAACUCUCAUAACUAAAUCUCAUGUAAAUCUGUAGCUACAGUCUCCAUUCACGCUCUUAUCAAACUUGAUUUUGUACUGUAUUUUUUCCUCUAAUAAAAUAUUUGCGAGUAGCGACUGAAAACC